AUGAAUCCACUAGAUUUAAUGAGCAAGGGCUGGAGCACCGCCCAAGGCUCCUCGGCUCCAGAGCCCUACAUCUAUCAACCACUGGAAGAAGAACACCAGGAGUUCCGACUGUUGAAGCUUGUGCCAUCUCGAGACCCCAGAGAGCCUCUCAGAGCAACCAUCGUGACGGUCCGCCCUGACUGGCGAGCAUUGGCCGCAGAUCCCGAGCAUCAAGGUCCUCGGUGGACGGCAUUGUCGUAUGUAUGGACUGAUCCGGACGAGCCUACGGUCAUCCUCGAUGGACAGCAGCUCAGGGACACGCAGCGGACGGAGGAAAUCCUCGUCGGAAAUGCCACCAUCAAGAUCACGUCGAAUCUGUUCCAUGCCCUGAUGUUGAUCCGCGGCUACGAGGAGUUCUGCACCAUCUGGGCAGACCAGGUCUGUAUUGAUCAGUCCAAUUUGGUCGAAAGGGCGAGCCAGAUCCAGCUCAUGCAUAUGAUAUUUUCCCUGGCGCAGAACGUUCUGGUGUGGCUGGGCAAAGCACUCAGAGCCUCGAAGACGCAGAUGUUUGCACAAAUGUUCGCCUGGCUUCACAGUCCCCAGCGCACCGGCCGGAUCGAAGAUGCCCCUUCGUUCGCGCAAUUCACGGCCAAGUUGAUGGGAGGAGAGCCGGGUUUGCAUCCGCCUCCGGACGAGGACCACCACCUUUUCACCAAGCAAAUAGCCAAAGAUAUCUUGGAAGACCCGUGGUUCAGCAGAUCCUGGGUCAUCCAGGAGGCGGUACACGCCAAAAACCUGCUCGUCUAUCUAGGGCCGGUGGUCCUCCCGUGGGAAAUGUUUGAGGAAGCCAUCUUCGGGUUGUCAUACUGGAGCAUCCCGUGGAGUACGGCAGAGGAUUCGGACUUGGCCACGUUUCAUCGCGGCGGACUUCAGAUGAUCAAGAAAACCCGCGAGUGGCAGGAAAGUCGAUACAAGGACGAGACGCUUCUCCCGUCGGCUCCCUUGUCCACUUUACUUCAGGGGCUCCGUGGCAGUCGAAGCACCGAUGCUCGCGAUAAAGUCUACGCCUUCUGGCACAUGUCUGACCAGGAAUUUCGGACCGAAAAGGGUUGGAUACGUCCAUUGCCAAUCUCAUACGAGAAAGGUACACGGGAGGUCUACGGACGGACUGUGAUGUACUGCGUCGAUACCGAGCUGAACCUGGACGUGCUCUCGUGCGCUUGCAAGCACGAGGCAUCUCGGCAGAAUUCCGAGUUUCCCUCGUGGAUGCACGACUGGCAAGUCCAUCCUGACCAACUCGGGUGUGCGACUGAUGUGCAUAAUAUCCUCCCACAGCGCGGAUGUGACGCAUACGCCGUCAACAGCGAGAGCCAGAGUGGCAAGAUCCCAUUCGAUGCAUGCGCAGGUCGUCUAUCCGAUUACGGAAGACCGCCCGAUGAACCCAAAUUCGCCUACAGUGAGGAUUUUGACUAUAUUGGAUUGAGGGGAAUCGCCUUUGACGAGAUCCUGGCGGUGUCUUCGGUGGGACACUCCACCACCCCGGAAACAGGCGUGAGUGUCGAGCAGCAGGAAAUGGACUGGAACUCCUGGCGAAACUUCGCCAUGGAAGAGAUGCAGGACGAUCCGUACCAUGAUCCCGAAACCCGUCUCGAAGGCUUUUGCCACGCCCUGACAUUCGGCAACGUCAAAAUCCCUGGACCCCCUAGCAAAGACCUGCUGCGAGAGUUCGAACUGUGGUGGUCCGCCGGGCGGCCUCUCCAAUCUUCAGACUCUGCUCAUUCCGCCGAUUGGAGCCAAAGGCUACAGACAUACAGGAAGUUUAUGGGCAGCCCAUUUCCUCACGGCCUUUACGUUGACAACAGGAGACUGUUCCGCACCGCUCGAGGUUACAUUGGUUCCGCAUGCGAACAUGUCAAACCAGGAGACAAGGUGUGGAUCUUGUGGGGUGGUGCGUUGCCCUUUCUCUUGCGUAAAGACGAACAGAGGAACGGCUUGUACAGUGCCGUCGGAGGGGCCGUUUACAUUCACGGAAUCAUGUUUGGGGAGGCCGUGGCAAAGGCGGAACAGGAAGGGAGGGAACAGGAAUGGGUAUACCUUGGCUAG